GAACUACUGAUUUGCGAGAGACAGAGGAAGGAGUUUCCAAUGGAGUUUUCUUCUGUUAAUGCUCUUUGCCUUCAUCUGAUUUCUUUAGCAUUCCAAAGAUGCCGAUUAUCUGAGCAGAUUUGCAGAUUAUCAGUCAUCCUCAAUCGCUCCUCCUCUUCGCAGCAUCCUUCCGUUCAAAUUUCGAUUUCUGAUACUGGUAUUGGAAGCUGCUUAAAAGAAUUUCAAGACUUGAAUUUUUCUUGGGGAGGUAUUACUGAGAAGUGGGAUGGAAUGCUUAGUGUUAACACCACGAGCAUCAGUGAUCCUGAGAUUUAUAAUUACCAAUUUAGUUUGAAGGAGAAUCGUUCUUCCAGAAGAAUAAAUAGGCUACCUUCAUACCAAAAAAAUGGCGCAAAAUUCAGUGGCACUGAAGUUUUCCUGUCUUUUGCUCAAAGCCUAGAUAUUUUACUGGCUGAUGUUCGUAGCUUUUUGCAGAAGAUGCUUAUUCUAAGGAUUCCUAAUAUUGCCCUACAAUUGGUGGCGGAAGAUUCUGACGUUCCAGGAUCACGAUACGAAAAGGUUUUUCUUGCAAAUAAGCCCAUGCAGUCACCUAUUUUGGCAUCAAAUCUUCAACAUCUGAAAUCAGGCUUUGAAGAAUAUGUCUUAACGCAUGGGAAUAGUUUAAAUAGCAAGUGUAAUUCUUGCUUCCCAUGUUGGGAGCAUCUCAAGGUUGGGAGUGGACGAGCAUGCUGCUCGGAAACUGAACUGGUGAUGGAAGCAGUGAUAGUAAUAAGUAAUGUAUCAAAGGACAACAGUACAUGCUUGAGAGAAAGUGGUGAUAAAACAGAGGUUAUGUAUUUCAAAGAUUUCUCACCUUGCACAAUUCCUCAAUCAUCUAUGAAGGCGUUGAAAAGCGUUGGCUGGAGAAGAUAUGGUUUGAAUUUAACAGGCACAGCGCAGCAAGAUGGCCGUGCAUUACUAGAAUGGGAAAACUUGCCAACGGAUACUCAAAUUGAUAUUGUGCUUCACUCCUAUCAUCAACAGACCAUGAUACGGGCACCAAGGAAAGAGUCUCAAACUGGUAGGAAUCUUGUUAAAAGAGCCGUUAAACUCUCAUUGGAUGACUUGAAGAACAAGCAUGCAGGAGCUCUUUUAAGUGCCCGUGCUACUAAGAUCUGCAGUUAUGCCCCUGAUCUGGGAAAAACAAUUGCCGGUUUGAUUUUGUCCUCUAAUGACCUGGAAUUCCAAGGAGAAUGCUUAUCACUUCUUGGAUUACAGUCUCAAAGAGUAGGAGCUGAAAUUGUGGAAAACCGUAUUGUACAAAGGAUUGUUUCAGUGAUAGAGAUGAACGACAAAAAGGAUCAGAAAACUCAAGAAGCUGCACCUUUCCUUUUUGAUGACGACCGUCUCCGGGAAGAAGAGUUUCAAGAAAACGAUGAAGGUGAUUAUAACAUGACGGCACUAGGAGAUUAAAGUUUUAUAUAUUUUACAAAUUAGCCAGACGCUUCAUUACUGAAUCAUCUUUCUUUUGAUGAAGUACGCCGAACCAUUGGUUAUUGAGGUAAUAUAAAUCUGUCAAUCUCUCUUUUUUUUGCCAACAAUAUAAAUCUGUUAAUCUGCUCAUACAUGAGUCCUGAUGCUUGGGUUUUUCAUUAGCAUUUAGGAUACA